AUGGUCAUGAGUCGUGCCAGGAUCUUGGGCUUGCCCGUGCUAAGUGUGGUACUUCUGGGUUGCUUGUCUUAUCUACAUCUGGGGAGGGGGACCAAGGUGUCACCUGGCAACGGUAAAAGUCCUCCACAUCUCAUCUUCGUCAUGGUCGAUGACCAGGGCUACAGCGAUGUUGGCUACCAUGGUUCUGAUAUCCACACACCCAACUUGGACCAGCUGGCAGGAGAGGGGGUGAAGCUGGAGAACUACUAUGUCCAGCCCAUCUGUUCUCCCUCUCGUAGCCAGCUCAUGACUGGACUGUACCAGAUUCACACAGGUCUGCAACACUCCAUCAUCCGUUCACGCCAGCCCCUCUGCCUCCCACCUGACAUGCCGACGCUACCCGAGAGGCUUCUACAGGCCGGCUACAGCACCCAUAUGGUGGGUAAAUGGCACCUGGGUUUCUGUCGUCCAAACUGUUUACCCACCGGCCGCGGUUUCCAGACUUUUCUGGGCUCCCUGACGGGCAGCGGCGACCAUUUCAACUUCCAGAGCUGUGAUGGCAUAGAGGCUUGCGGAUUCGACUUGCACGACGGAGACCGUCCAGCCUGGGAGCUCAGUGGAAACUACUCUACGCUUCUAUACACAGAGAGAGUGAAGGAAAUCUUGAGAACCCACCGCCGUUGGAAGCCCUUAUUUUUGUACGUGGCCCUCCAGGCAGUACAUACCCCCUUGCAGGCUCCCGCACACCUUCUGAGGCGCUACAGCGCCUUGGACAACUUGCCCCGCCGCCACUAUGCCGCUAUGGUGAGUGGAGUAGACCAAGCAGUGGGGGACAUUGUGCAAGAACUGAAGGAACAAGGCCUCUAUCAGAAUUCCGUCCUCAUCUACUCCUCGGAUAAUGGGGGGCAACCCCUAUCAGGGGGCUGCAACUGGCCCUUGCGUGGAGGAAAGGGCUCUUACUGGGAAGGCGGCGUGAGAGCGGUGGGUUUCGUCCACAGCCCACUCUUAAAGAGGACAGGGACGGUAAGCAAGGCUUUGAUACACGUCUCGGACUGGUACCCCACCCUACUGUCGCUAGCCGGUUCCCCUGAGCCGGAUCCGCAUCGCCUAGACGGCCAUAAUGUGUGGGAUGCCGUAAGCAAAGGUUUGCCUGGUCCUCGCACCGAGAUUCUCUUAAACAUCGACCCGGUAUCACGCCACGUCAGCGAAGUUGACCCCAAGCUUCUAAUGCUCAAUGGAUUUGGAAUUUGGGACACCGGAGUGCGCGCGGCUAUCCGGGCAGGCGACUGGAAGCUGCUGACUGGGAACGUAGGGGACGGAGACUGGUUUCCACCACAGACACAUCCUGGGGGGCCACAGCUGUGGAAAGGUAUGGAAAAGAGGCGGGACCAGAGAGGAAAGUCGGUAUGGCUGUUCAAUAUCACCGAAGACCCCUACGAAAGACGCGAUUUGGCGGACGCACGGCCGGAAGUGGUGAAACUACUGCUGACGCGUAUAGCAGAGUACAACAGGACCGCCGUGCCUCCUCUGAACCCUCCUGACGAUCCCAUGGCGGAUCCUCAGCUCCAUGGAGGGGUGUGGACGCCUUGGCUAGGGCAGGAUUUUGGAGAGGGGAAAGGGGACGACAGAGAAAAUGAGAGCAGCUACGUGAAAGUUCGGCUCAAACUGUGCAAAGUCUGCAAACUCAGAGCGCUGUUCAAAAGGGUGGGCUCCCGUCUGCAGAGGUCCACCCUGUUUUUCUGAUCAGAGGGGGU